AUGCCGUCCCUCACCAAAUACCUCCUGCUCCCCCUCCUCUGCGUCUCCCCCAUCCUCGCCGCCUACCAGCCCGACUACAACGCCAUCUUCGGCGAGAAAUGCGCCCGCCCCGUCCAGGCCACCCAGGAAAUCAUCGCCCCCAUCGCCAGCGACCUCGUCCAGAAGGUCUGCAACCAGUGCGACCAUGACAAGAUCACCUACGAGAUGCUGCAGCGCUCCGAGUCCAACAACUUCAACUGGGCCAUCCUGCACCUGAAGGGCGUCGGCUUCGAGCUGCGCGAGUCCUACGUCCCCGAGAAGCUGUUCAACCUCGUCUGGGACUUCUGCAUCAAGAAGAAGUGGCCCACCCAGUCCCUCUGCGAGGACGACUUCACCGAGUUCCGCGACUGCGUCCUGCACACCGGCAUGAACGAGAUGGUCGGCCCCUUCGCCGCCUACAACCAGCUGGUCCAGGACCGGUGUCUGCGCAUGCCCGCCGCCGCCGCGCGCAUGGUGCCGCUGGUCAAGGAGGAGGUGGAUAAGUUUGUCGGUCGGGUUUGUCCGAAUGGGCCUCAGGGGAGGGAUCAGGGUGUCUUGGCUGCUUGA